AUGACCCAGCCCAGCAGCAGCCUGGCUCCCCCAUUUUCUGGGGCUGCCAGAUCUGCAGCCCUGGCCCUGGUAGGCUUAGCUGGAGAGGGCUGGAGGAACUCAAGGCAGCAGCCUCAGCACCGCCACCACAACUUCCAGCGUGGCACGCCGAGGCAGGGCAAGCGAGCGAGUCAGACAGCCACAGCCACAGCCACGGCCCUGCAGUGCCACCUGCUGCCCGGGGCCUGCCAGUGCGCCACUGCAGCUCAAAUUGAAAUUAUUCCUUGCAAGAUCUGUGGAGACAAAUCAUCAGGCAUCCAUUAUGGGGUGAUAACAUGUGAGGGCUGCAAGGGUUUCUUCAGGAGGAGUCAGCAGAGCAAUGCGGCGUACUCGUGUCCCCGUCAGAAGAACUGCCUGAUUGACCGUACCAGCCGUAACCGCUGCCAGCACUGCAGGCUACAGAAAUGCCUGGCAGUGGGCAUGUCACGGGACGCGGUGAAGUUCGGCCGCAUGUCCAAGAAGCAGCGUGACAGCCUGUAUGCGGAGGUGCAGAAGCACCGGCUGCAGCAGCAGCAGCGCGAGCACCAGCAGCAGCCCGGCGAGGCCGAGCCCCUCACGCCCACCUACGGCGGCCUGGCCGCCAACGGCCUCACCGAGCUCCACGACGACCUCGGCGGCUACAUGGACGGACACACCCCGGAUGGCGCCAAGCCCGACUCGGCCGUCAGCAGCUUCUACCUGGACAUCCAGCCCUCGCCUGACCAGUCCGGCCUGGACAUCAACGGCAUCAAGCCCGAGCCCAUCUGCGACUUCACGCCCGGCUCCGGCUUCUUCCCCUACUGCUCGUUCACCAACGGCGAGAGCUCGCCCACCGUCUCCAUGGCAGAGCUAGAACACCUGGCCCAGAACAUCUCUAAGUCCCACAUGGAGACAUGUCAGUACCUGAGAGAGGAGCUCCAGCAAAUGACCUGGCAGACCUUCCUUCAGGAGGAGAUGGAGAGCUACCAGAACAAGCCUCGAGAAGUCAUGUGGCAGCUGUGCGCCAUCAAGAUCACAGAGGCCAUCCAGUACGUGGUGGAGUUCGCCAAGCGCAUCGACGGCUUCAUGGAGCUGUGUCAGAACGACCAGAUCGUGCUGCUCAAAGCAGGCUCUCUGGAGGUAGUGUUUGUCCGAAUGUGCCGUGCCUUUGACUCUCAGAACAACACAGUCUAUUUCGAUGGAAAGUAUGCUGGUCCUGAUGUGUUCAAGUCAUUAGGCUGUGACGAUUUGAUCAGCUCUGUCUUUGAGUUUGGGAAAAACUUGUGUUCUAUGCACCUGUCUGAGGACGAGAUCGCCCUGUUCUCUGCGUUUGUGUUGAUGUCAGCAGACCGGUCCUGGCUUCAGGAGAAGAUGAAGGUGGAGAAACUACAACAAAAGAUCCAGUUGGCCCUGCAACAUGUCCUGCAGAAGAACCACAGAGAGGAUGGCAUCCUGACUAAGUUGAUAUGCAAAGUGUCGACGCUGCGAGCGCUGUGCAGCAGGCAUACAGAGAAGCUGACGGCUUUCAAAGCAAUAUACCCAGACAUUGUGCGUGCCCACUUCCCCCCCUUAUACAAGGAGCUGUUCGGAUCGGACUUUGAGCAGGCCAUGCCCGUGGACGGGUAGCUGGCAGGAGGCUGCCCGCUGACCUCCCACCCGUCUGCUGGAGGCUAGCCACCCAGCCAGGGGAAUGUCGCGCAUGAAUCUGAGACACUUUAAACGGUGCCCUGCACUCACCAAGACGGCCGACACACACACACACACACACAAACAUACACACACACACACACACACGCACACACGCUGCACACGCAUUUUUUUUUCCUUUUGUUUGUUCCUUUUUAUUCUGGUUUAUCUUUCCCUGAAAGUGGUGGAUUGUGGGAAAAGGAGGGAAUGCAAUGUGAUUGGUUGGGAGAAAAGGGAGGGUUUUCUGAUUGGGCAGAUCUUAUUCUUGUUUUAUUUUAUUUUAUUUUCGGGCUGGGAGGUUCCUGGAUUUUACCCUCUAAAGUUUUUGGUUUUGUUUUCUUUGUUUGACAUGGGUGGGAUUGUGAACCCAAGGGAGAUCGAGAGGAGAUAGCCCAAUGCUUACUCUAUGGCUGAACUCGGAGCAUUCGUGCAUAUAACCUGGGUGUGGUUUCAUUGCAAUUCACAACAACUGACAAAAACUUAUUCACGGAUGAGAUGUAAAGAGUUUUUUUUUUUCACAGUGUCGAUAUCAUUAAAUGGGGUGUUUGAAGAGGUGAUCCAAACAGUCUUUCGGCUGGCCAAAUAUACAAUAGAAGUAGAUUCUAUGUGCUAAGAAAUUCUCACAGUAUAUGCAUGACUCCAUCGAGUUCAGCUAUUUGUUUUCUUCUUCUGUUUAGUGUUUGCUUUGGAAUGUGACUCCCAUAUAAUAAACUGAUAGCACAUGGGAGAAAGAGAGAGAGAGAGAGAGAGAGAGAGAGAGAGACAGUGAAGGGAAGAAAAAAGAAAGAGAGAGAGAGAGACCACCAGAGUGUGGAGUUUUAACCGUCGGCAUGGUGACGUAAGCAGCACCUUUUUAUGGACAAUCGUCAAAAUCAAGAGAAAAAAAAAAUAGAAUUCUGGUAAUUCUAGUUUUAAAAGAAAAAUGCAAUGACUUUUAGCUGUCAAACAUGACUCCAUUCACCAUGGUUGCAUAGAUGAUAUUGUGUAAGGCCAUCUGCUAUUAAUCCUUCUCUGAACAGGAGCCCCACCAGUGAAACUGAGGGCACCACCAAUGACAAGGGUCCAUUCCACCAGUUUUCUAACGUGCUACAGGGUAUACGCUCAUAAGUACUUAAUAAACAGAAAAAAGUAAUGUUUAUAGAUUCUAUUUUAAAUAACAUGUAUGAUAUUCGUAGUUAGACUUAUUCUGAACUGUUGAAUUGAUAAGGCACUUUUCUUUGCACCUUUCUUUAAUUUAAGACUUGUAUAUUACCUAGUGAUGUGUUGCAUGUGCAAAAAGAAUCACACGACGUUGAGAACCCACGGUGGUGGAGAGGCUGGGUGUGGGAUGAUGAUGAUAGCUGCAGGGUUGCUGCUGUUUGGAAGGGUUGUUGUUUUUGCUGUGGCUGGUUGAUGUCUUGUUGUUGGCAAUGAUGGCUGCUGGGGAAACGGAAAGGCAGAGAGGUAGUGUGUGUGUGUGUGUAUGUGUGUGUGUGUGUGUGUGUGUGUGUGUGUGUGUGUAUGUGUGUGUGCAUGUGUUUAUUUCUGUGUGUCCUUACCUUCAACCCCCAUUUCUCCAGCACAAGCGGUUUUAGCUUCUUGAAGCUUUGGUUAAAGAGAUUGACAUCCUCCCUCCAGAACGUUCGUUCGACAGUGAUGGUGCUUGGAGCAAUAUGGCUCUCUUCUGGUGUGUAUAAAGGGAUUGUCUCUCUACCUCUUUUUGUUUUGUUUUGGGCUGGUGCGAAGGCGCUCACACUCUUCCCUUAGCAGCCCACAACGAAAGCCAUCAGACAACACACACACUCACACACACUCACACACACACACACACACACAAUCUAAUGUGAGUCAAAGCGAUCUGUCAUACACCCACACAUAGACUUUCAGUCGCCCUCUUCUGAGAGAUCCAUCAAACAAUCCCAUCAGCCCACGGUGUCCAAUCAAAACAAUUCUCUCCUCUUUGUUUUCUCUCGUCUGCUGUGGAUCUCUUGUCUGUCAGCAUGUGGUUGAUUGGAUGACUGAACUGAGGAGGAGAGGAGGAGGUGGGGGGUGUCUGUGUAGUGAAGGAGGCCUCUAGCCCUCCUGUAGCGCAUCCCUGUCCUCGCCCAACACAACUGCCAUGCUGCCUUGCACCAUCACUGAUCAUAUGGCUCCACCUAGUGGCUGCUGGAACAAUAACUUCAGGCUUCAAGUCCAAUUCAUGGGUUGAUGUAAAAUAGCAUUUUAUGGCAGUUAACAGUGCGUGUGUUUGUGUGUGUGUGUGCGUGUGUGUGUGUGUGUGUGUGUGUGUUUCUCAGUGCAACGAUCCAUCCAUCAUCUUUGUUGCUUCAUUGCUGAUGUUGUAUCCUCAUUCUCGAGGCUGUCACAGUGUUUGUCUGUGAAGACGUAUCUGAGCGCUAGUGUGUGUGUGUGUGUGUGUGUGUGUGUGUGUGUGUGUGUGUGUGUGUGUGUACCUGCCUCUCAGUGAAUGCCUCAGCUCAGCUGGUUAUGACAGUUUGUUAUGGGACAGCAAAAGAAAGAAGUGCAGUCAGAUAUUCAAAGCCUUGUCUGGUAGCAAAACUUCUAUUUUUGUAACAUGUACAGAACAUAAGCUCAUAAAAAACAAGAGUCAGAGAGAGAUAGAGAGAGAACGAGAGAGAGAGAGAGGUGACACAAAAGCACUUAUUCUUGCAAUAAUUACAAUUGAAGUUUCUAUCCUUUCAAGAAGAAAGAAGGAUAUUAUUGGACAAAAGUGCUAUUUUUGGAGUCUUUUGCUAAUUGUUUUGUUUGAGUGUGAUCAAGCUUUUGGGAAUCCAACAUCUCCGUGAUUGUGCCAUAUUUGCUGUCGUUUCUGUAGUCUGUGUCCACAACAGAUUGUUUUGACAUUCCAAAAAUAAAAAAAUGAACGAUGUAAAGCAUGCCGAGUAUUCCAGAAAAUCCCAGUCGACUCCAGACAUUUCCUGCAAAUGCCCUACCUGAAACGGAAAUUAAAAUACUCUUGUUAUUCAUGUUUUUUUGUGAGGUCAGUCAUUCCUCCAUUAGACCUGCAUGUUUCUGUGUUCUACCCAUACUUUUCUUGCUCAUGAGGUUGAGAGGGUGUGUAUGUCCACAUGCACCUUCUCCUCAUUCAAACAUAGGGGGAAGUUUCUUUAUGCUUUGCCAUGUGCUAUUCUCCUAACUGGGCUGCAGACCAGGAACCAGUGGUCAUGCACAGGACCUGUAAUGAAUGCUCAUACUGUAUGCCAUAACCGUCAUUACCAUAACCGUAAUUACUCAGAGUGCUGCAGCUUUACCAGAUAGAGAUUUUACUUGUCCUUGUUCACAUACAAAAGUCAGAUACAAAACUCCACAGAUGUAAAACCAAUGAAAACUGUAUCAGACUGUGAAUGGUAAUCGACGCCCCCCCACCCCCC